ACCAAGUUAGUCUGAGUUUUACCACGGCCCGAGACGGUUGAAGCCAAGCGACGCGAUCAUAAUACAGUAUCCGAAAACGAGUACGAAUCCGAGUCCGAAUCGAGUCGUUUACUUGCUCCGAAAGAAAGAAAGGUGCGCGCGCGCAUGCGCUGUCGUUCAAACCAAGCUGAAAGUAAUAUUAAUAGUAUAAUAAGUAAACCGAAAAAGCGAGUGGAGUGUUCUGCAAGACAGAGCGUGAAGUGCAGCCGACUGCUGCAUUGUUUUUGUUUUUGUUUUGUUCAAGUUUUGCAUUGUUGUUGCUGUUGCUGUUACUGUUAAAUUGUUUAAACAGAUAAAUAUGCGGAAAAUCUAAUCCGCUCAAAACGUAACAAUAAACGACGUCAACCUGGCUAUUGAUUACAAGUCGUGUGUGUGACACUUUUGCAGUGCAGAAAAACAGGUUGUUGUCAUUGCUAUUUAUUGUUGCUGUUCCUUGUGCUUAGGGCACUUUGGCUCACUCACCUGCUCGCUCGCUCGCUCGCUGGCAGCCUGGCAGAAACGCGGUCAUGCCGCUUAACCUGCCCUGGUUAUAGAUCCCGACCCACAGAGUAUUUAUCAGCAGAACCGGUGAGGGAGGCGGAACUGGGCGAAGUGGCGGCCAUAGCAGCUGCCUUCAUCAACUACAAUACAGGAUGUCGGACAUUUACUAUUGCAGUAAUAGCCAGAUGAAAAAGUCUCGCGAUGUGGACAAAACAUCAUCACCGGGGUCACAGGUACACACCAAUGCGAAUGCGGUAUGCAACAUAGCGGCGGCGGCGACGGCAACGGCUGCUGCAGUGGCAGCAGCUGAUAAAAAGAACAACAACAACAAUUGCAGCAAUCGCAAUAAAGACAAAUCCAAUUUGCAGACAAAUGGAGGAGGAGGCAAAAAUUGGAAGGGCAUCGUCCACAGCAAUCCAAAUCCGAAUGGCAAUGGAGGAAACGGCGGCGGCGGCGGCACCGGCACCGGCAGCACAGCCCUGCCCCCGAAGGUCUUUCACAAUACACGCUGUACGCGGCACCACAAGCCCCAUCACAGCCACGCCAAUGGAGCCGGAGUAGGAGGAGGAGCGGGAGCAGGAGCAGGCGCAGGUUCCGGAGCGAACGGCUUGGACAUGGCCCAACAAAGAGAGCGGGAACGGGAAAGGGAUCGCGACAGGGAGCGAGAGCGAGAGCGGGAGAGAGAGCGCGAACGCGAGCGGGGGGAGAGGGAGAGGGAACACCACCUGCAUAUGCAAAGCCAUGCCCAUGGCCUGAGGAGAAAAUCGGAGUCUGUUCUGUCCACGGACUCGGAUAUACGCUUCACCCGCCGCAAGCUGGGAGAUGGCCAGAAAUGUGGCUGCGCUGUGAUCGCCGGCUUCCUCAUAGCCCUGCUCGUGGCCGGGGCAUUCGUUUAUGUGGGAUACACCUAUUUCCGUCCAGAGCCGUUGCCGGAUCGCGUCUUUCGCGGCCGUUUCAUGGUGCUCAACGACAAGUGGAGCAUGGAUCUGGCCAACCAGAACUCGCUGCGCUUCCAGCACAAGGCCAGGGACUACAGGGAGCGUAUAAAUCUCACCCUGAGGCGUUCGGAUCUGCGGGAGGCGUACGAGGGCAGCGAGAUCUUGGCUCUAGACGGGAGCGAGGAUAAUAAUAACAUAAUCGUGCACUUCAACAUGAUCUUUGAUCCGUACGCGGGUCUGGUGAGCAGCGGUGAGCUUCUGGCGCUCUUCCAUGAGGAGAUGAGCGACCAACAGCGUCGGCAUUUUGCCAAUAUGACCGUGGAUGUGGCCAGUCUGAGCAUCAAGGAGACCACCGGCCUGAUUGAGGAGCCCAUCAUGUCCAGCUCGCCGCUGGGCGGACACGAUGAGACCACCGAGCCGGUUGUGACCACCACACCGGCGCCACCGCGUCGCUGUGAGCCCCUCCAGCUGAGCUACUGCCGCCAGUUGGGCUACAAUGUGACCACCUAUCCGAAUCUGCUGGGCCAUGCCAGCUACGAGCAGGUGGCCGACGAUUUGAUCGUCUUCCGGGAGCUGGUGGAUGGGGAAUGCUAUCGCGAAGCGUACGACUUUGUGUGCCGCCUGCUGCAGCCGCCCUGCGAUACGCACGGCUCGAGCAUGCAGCCCACGCCCGGCCACAUAUGCCGCGAGUACUGUGAAUCGUUCAUGGCCGGCUGUGGGAGUCGAUUGCCGCAGCGAUUCCGUCAGUACUUUGACUGCGAACGCUUCCCAGAGUCGACGGGCACACAGUCCUGCCAGCAGAAGCCGCACUGUGUCAGCGACAUGCAGAGCAACGUGCAGAGUCCGCGGCUCUGUGAUGGCUAUGCGGACUGUCCGGAUCUAUCCGAUGAGCGCAGCUGCGCCUUCUGCUCCCCCAAUGCCCUAUACUGUGGCAGGGGCCGGGCAUGUGUGCCGCGCAAGGCGCGUUGCGACGGCAAGGCCGAUUGUCCCGAUGGAGCGGACGAGAAGGAUUGCCUUUCCAUUGCUCCCCUGGCCGCGGAUCUGCUGCUGCCGGAGCCCCUCGUUCCCUAUCUGUCGCGCUUCCAUGCCGCUGGCUAUGCUGUCUUUUCGGAGAAGGGCGUUGUGGGCAAGCUGUGUGCCGAGGGACUCGAGGGCGAUGCCAAGCUGGUGGUGCGCCAGACCGUCUCCGAAUCCCUAUGCAAGUCAUUGGGCUACGAAUCUGUGGAAAUCUUCGACGUGCAAAACGACACAGAACAGCUGACAGACUAUGUGCGCGUCCUGGAUCCCCAUGCGCCGGAGAUCAGCUUCAUACGGACGCACUGUCCCCGGCGGCAAGUGCUGUAUGUGGGCUGCGGCGAGCUCAGAUGCGGCGUUCAGUCGGCGCUCUUCAAUGCCAAGCAGCAUCUGUCGCUGCCCAAGAUGUCGGCCCCCGGGGACUGGCCCUGGCUGGUGGCCCUCUUCCGCGAGGACAUCCAUGUGUGCGAUGGGACGCUCAUAUCGCAGGAUUGGGUCCUCACCACGGAGGGCUGUUUUCAGGGCCAGCCCAGGGCCACCUGGAUGGCCAUUGUGGGUGCGGUGCGGCUCUCCGCCAAGGCCCCGUGGACGCAGAGGCGACGCAUUAUUGGCAUGAUUAAGAGUCCCGUCGAGGGCUCCACAGCGGCGCUGGUGCGGCUGGAGACGCCGGUCAGCUUCUCGGAUCAUGUGCGUCCCAUCUGUCUGCCCGAUGCACUGCAGCGGCGACAGCUUACGGCGCCCGCGGUCCAGAGGCGUGCCUAUGUGCCCGUGGCCGAGCGGCUGGAGGGCCAGCAGCCCCUCAAGGGCGUUCAAGUCCAGCGCAGUCCGCUGGCGCAGGAAACGCAGCAGUUCUUCCUGAUACCCUCCCAGGAGCAAAUGGAGGGAUCGGGCAGUACCGAGGAAGCGCCGGACGAUGAGGCGGAGGAGGAUCGACAUUAUUCACAGCAGUCAGAAGCGGCCGCCUCUUACAUGCCCAGGGCAGAGGCACUGCAUCAGGAACUGGAUUCCUAUCCCCUGCCCGAGCAUGCCCCGCAGGUCAACUACUACGGCGGCAGUUCCUCCUCCUCCUCCUCCGUCGGCUACUCCUCCUCCUCCACAGCCCGCUCGGCCACAAAGCCAGCCGCAGCUGCAGCUGCCGCCCAGCCUGUCCAGUCAGCAGCGCAGGAGCAGAUCUGGACAAACUGCAACACGCUGGGCUGGUCCCGGCAGCGGGAUCAUCUGCAGCGCGUCCAGCUGAAGAUCGGCGACAUGGCUCCCUGCGAAAAUGUGUCCAUAGCCACCGUCAACUCCAUGUGCAUGGAGGCCACCUACCAGAAAUACGAUUGCACGCAAGAGGAGUACUCUGGGGCGCCCGUGCAGUGCCUGAUACCAGGCACCAAUCAGUGGGCCCUCAUUGGCGUCUCCUCCUGGCGCAUCGCAUGCGGUCCGACAGGCGUGGAGAGACCUCGUAUGUACGACAAGAUCGCCUCGAAUGCCGCCUGGAUACGAGAGACGGUGAAUGCGAUAUAGCGAUAAAGCAGCACGCAGCCCCCUUAGAAUUUGUGUAAAAAAAGAGGAAAGAAUCAUUGUAUUAUGUAAAAACGAGAAACGAGGAGAAAAAACUUAACCGCUACUAACUGGGCUCCCCUUAUUACCACAUACUGUAUAUCUACUAUUCUCUUUAUACGUAAUCUAUUCUAUAUACAUAUAUAUAUAUUUUUUUUUGCUGUUUUGUGUAAUAUUUAUUAACUAUGCUGUAAUUGUAUGUUAAACAUGUCGAAAAAGAAGCACAUUUAGUUGUUAGAUAUUACUUUUAGCUGUUUGUAGAAAGAUAUUGUUGAAUAAAACUGAAAUCAAGUGAAG